GCGAUUGUGGCCAUGGAUCCGGACACGGAGGUCGAUUUCGACUUCUCGCCGUUCCUCGUGCGCUACAAGAGCGGGCGCGUCCACCGCCUCAUGGGCUCGUCCAGAGUCAACGCCGGCGUGGACGCCGCCACCGGCGUCACCUGCAAGGACGUGGUCAUCGACGCGGACGCCGGCCUCGCCGCGCGGCUCUACCUGCCCAAGGGCGUCCUCCCGCGCUCCAAGAAGCUCCCCAUCCUCGUCUACUUCCACGGCGGCGCCUUCGCCGUCCACACGGCCUUCUCCGCCGUGCACCACCGCUUCCUGAACGCGCUCGUGGCCGCGGCCGGCGCCGUCGCCGUGUCCGUCGACUACCGCCUCGUGCCGGAGCACCCGCUCCCCGCCGCCUACGACGACGCGUGGGCCGCGCUCAGGUGGACCCUGGCGAGCUGCGCGCCCGCUGCCGGGCAGGAGGAGCCGUGGCUGGCCGAGCACGGCGACGCCGCGCGCGUCUUCGUCGCGGGCGACAGCGCCGGCGCCAACAUCGCGCACAACGUCGCGAUGAAGGCUGGCGGCGCGCGGAUCGAGGGGAUGGUGCUUCUGCACCCGUACUUCCGCGGCAAGGACCUCCUGCCGUCGGAGGGCGCCGACCCCAGGUUCUCGCAGAGGGUGGAGAGGACGUGGGGCUUCGCGUGCGCGGGGAGGUACGGGAUCGACCACCCGUUCAUCAACCCGCUGGCGAUGCCGGCAGAGGAGUGGGCGGCGCUCGGCUGCCGGCGAGCUCUGGUCACCGUGGCUGGGCUCGACACGCUGCGGGACAGAGGCCGGAGGUACGUGGAUACGCUGAGGGGAAGCGCGUGGGGCGGCGAGGAGGCGGUGCUGUACGAGACCGACGGCGAGGGGCAUGUCUACUUCCUCGAGAAAUCCGGCUGGGGCGACAAGGCGGACAAAGAGAUGGACGCCGUCGUCUCCUUCAUCAAAGGAAGACGGCUGGCUGGAUUGUAG